AUGAUCAUCCAUUCAAUUCUCGCAUUAGGGUUGCACAUGAGGAGAUGGGCACGGCGGAGCUCCAUCGGGUCUUCUCCAAGCUCGAUUAACGGCGACGGAAACAUCACCUGGGAUGAGCUCAGCGAGUCGUUAGAGAAUCUCGGGAUCUGCGUGCCAAAGGAGAAGCUGCAGGCGAUGGUCGCGAAGAUUGACGCUCACGGGGACGCCGAGGAGUUCAGCGCCCUAUACGCGGCGGUGAUGGCAGACGCCGGAGGCGACGAAGGGAACGACCGUGAAGAGGACGGGCAGGAGGCAUUUAAGAUUUACGAUCGGGACAGGGUGGGUUCAUCACGGCAGAUGAGCUGA